UGCAGCUGAGACUUGACAGUUCCUCAUUUCAGAACGUGAACGUAGGCUGCUGUGCUGCUGGAAAUGUGUCUGCUGCUCAUCUAGAGUCCAUGUUGAGAAGAACCACCACGUUGGACAAGGAGCUGAAUCAAAACUCACAAGCCUUUCAUUAUGGAAGAGGGCACGAAAAAGGACCCAGCCCAGCACACAGAGAAAGCCCUCCUGGGUAAGGCCGGCUGGGUGAAGAAGGCUCACGGAAGAGUUUUGACCAGCUACAAAGACCGAUACAUUCAAUUGGAGAAGACAGACGUUGGGGUUUAUGAAAACGAGGACCUGCAGAACUGCCUAGAAAGGCUUGACCUGGAAAACUACGAUCAGUGUCAUGAACUGAAGAGCCCAUUCAAAAAGAAGCACAGACUGAUUCUCAUAAGAUCUUCAAAGUGUGGAAAUAAGGUCCAUGAUGUCAAGCUCCAGGCUCAGUCUGUAGAGGAGAAGGAGGCUUGGAUUAAAGCCCUCAGUGAUGGAAUCAGUCGUGCAAAAAACAAAGCCUUCGACGAGGUGAAAGUUGAAAGUACUAAUUUAGAGCAUGUUACUCGAACAAGGCCUAAAGGGAACCGGAACAGGAGGCCACCAACCAGGAUCCACAUGAAAGAGGUGGCCAUUGGGUCUUCUGAUGGUCUCCUGCGGUUAGAUCUCGACGUUGAGGAUGCCGUCAUGCCUAAUGGGACCCAGAGUACCUCUGCUAGUUGGACAGAGACUUUAAAAGAAGAGGAAGAGGAGGGUGAGCCAGAGGCCAGUGUUCAGAAGAAAACGAUUGAACCUUCCAUUCUGCCUACCGAUGCAGAGGAAGAUACUUUAGCAGAAGAUACGUCUAUUCAUGAAAGUCCAGAGAAAAAGGUUCAGUCUCAGCCAAAUGAAGCCACAUCUUGUGCCUCACCUGAUGGAGAAGCUGUGAGUGAUCAGAUACCUGCUGCCAAGACCAACCCAGGACCACCACCAACCCCACCAAACAAACCCAGCAAUACCCUGAGGAACCUUGUAGUCACGCUACAGCCCCAACGUGGUUCUUUCCUUCCUUCACCUUUUCUCACAGAGGAAAACCUCCCCGAUCAUCCCGGUGAACCUGAGUACCAGGUGGACCCCACAACAGAGUCACACCAAGGGAAGGGUUGUGAAACGGACACAAGACGAGCUGAGGAGACGGAUGGGAAAGGCCAGCUGGCUUCUGUCAAAGGAGUGGAAUGGGGCAACUUGUGUGACAUCCAAGAUUCUACCGAGUCACAAAGCAAGAGCAACAGUCCUCUUUUAACUUGCAAACAAAACCACGAGAAAUCUGUCCAACAGAAAAAGCCUCAGUUCACUCAUCCUAACAAGACUCCAACUUGUUCAGCCUCUGAUCACCCAACCAGGCCUCUUCAAGCCCCAAAGCCUCCACCCAAAGUCCCUUCAGAGGUCCUGUCUUCAGCUGAGCCACCCUCCAACGGCCUCAGUCAGAGUCCACAGCUCUGGAAGAAAACAACUGGAGAAGAAAAGUCACUUUCAGGUUCUGCACUCAACAGUAGCCACCAAGAUGUGAGGGUCCUGAAGCCUGCCUUCAAAACUAAGAUGAAACCAGAGGUCAUUCCUGAUCAGAGCUCUUCUGCUUUGAAGGUUAGAUCAGCCUCUUAUGAAAACAUGCUUUCCAAUUCCUUCAUUUCUCAGAUGACCCAUUCUAACGCAGCUGAGUGUGCACCACCUCCUGGAGAUGAGUUCACAGACCUCCAGGCUAAAGUUGCUAUUGAAAUGGAAAACACAAGAAAGCUUCUUAACCUGGCUAAGGAAGGAGGUUAUGAGGAGAGCUCAGCGGAGGAGCUACUGUCUCAGGCCAUGGAGAAACUGAGGAAAGCUGACAAUGUCCUCCAAGAGAUCAAAAACCAGAAAGUUCAGAACAGGCCAAGCAACAGACUGAGCUGGUGAAGAUUACUGACAAAUCAUUCCUCAGUUCACACAGACUGGACACUUUCAAUAAGCGCCUUAGACUGUAGAUCAAUGUCUGCAGAUUGAGUAAAGAGGAAAGACUUGGUUCAAAAAGAUUCUGUGUGAUGACUAACCCAGAUGUGUGCUGUCUAUGAUUCUCAUUCAUGCAGUAGUCAGCUGGACUUGGUUUGUCAUAUAGUAACCCUUGUGCUAUCCUAGGCACUUUAACAUUGGGAGUUGGGUCAUGUAGACCCACUAGACAGUGCGCUGAACCUUUUUCUUCAAUGAUUUGUGAU